ACAGAAUGGUAAAUAAAACGCCCGCUGCUGCGUACAUUGCCUUUAGUGUGCAGUAGUUCUGCACUAGUUAGUUUUGGUUCAGGUUAGUUUUGGUUUGUUGUGCUGGUAGUUAGAUGGAAGAAUUCGACGUUAUUGUUGUCGGGGCUGGCAUCAUUGGUAGUUGGACUGCGUACCAUCUUGCAAAGCGUGGCAGAUCAACUUUGCUUCUCGAACAGUUCCCGUUGCUACACACCCGUGGUAGUUCACACGGUCAUUCAAGAAUAUUAAGAAAAUCCUACGUCGACGAACAUUACGCUGCUAUGAUGCCAGAGGCGUAUAAAUUAUGGGAGCAUAUGGAGACAUCUAGCGGAAUUUCAUUUAUGAAAACUACGGGUCAUCUAUCAAUAUCUAAAGUAAAAUAUGGUCACGUUGCUAAAGUAAGAAGAUGGUGUGAGAAACUUAGAAUUCCGCAUUCAACACUGGACAGUGAAUCACUUAACAAAAGAUUUGGACUCAAGUUUAACGAUGAGUAUGACGCGGUAAUUGAACCAUCGGGGGCCGUUCUUAAUGCUGACAGAUGUCUUAUGUCGAUUCAGAGUGAAAUAAAGAAGUCCGGUGGUGUAGUACGCGACCAGGAGAAAGUUUUGAGCAUCGAACCUGUGAAUCAAGAUAUAGUGAGAGUUCGAACAAACAAGAAUGUUUACAAAUGCAGAUCGGUGGUUCUUACAUGCGGACCAUGGGCGAAUGAACUUCUUAAACCACUGGGUCUCCAGUUGCCGCUGACAGUUGGCAAAGUCUUUGUAACCUACUUUAAAGAACGAAGCGUUGGCGCCUUUUCCUCCAACGCUGGGUUUCCUAAUUUACUUUGUUAUGUGAAGGAGGGGAAUUACAUGUAUGGUCUUCCUUCAGAUGAAUAUCAAGGCUUAUUCAAGUUUUGUUAUCAUCACUACUUUCCAAUUGAUCCAAACGAACGAGACAAGCCGCAACCUAAUCAAGAAAAUGAGAUUCAACGAAAGAAAACGGAAGAAUUGACAAAGUUUAUUCAAAAUCACUUUCCCUUACUCGAGUGUGAAACUUCGCUUGUUGAAACUUGCAUCAUAACAGAUUCUCCAGAUAAAGAUUAUAUUCUGGAUCGUCAUCCGAUGCAUCGGAACAUCGUAUUUGCUGCUGGAAUGUCGGGCCAUGCGUUCAAGACUUCUCCAGUGGUUGGAAAAAUAUUGGCGGAAAUGUCGUGUGAGGAAAAAGUUAGCUACCCAAUCCACCAUUACUCCGUUCGUCGAUUUAAUAAAUCGAAAUUGUAGCUCACAUGCACGAUUUACUGCAUAUAGUAGGAGAUGGUAAGAUUGAACAAGUUUUCAUGUUUUUUUGUUUCAUUUGGUAUUAAACAAACAUUAUUCACAGAAUUAUAUAGCCGUAGCCCUAUAUGUCACUUUAUAAAGGCUUGUUAAUUGUUAAAAACACGAUCAGAAAAUAUGGGUUAAUAUGUGCUAACGAUAUGUCCCAUCUUACUCCACAGUACGAUAUAUAAUCGUAACGCACAUUUUUUUAUACAAAUACAUCUUAAUUUGUUGUAACUAAAUACAACUUUCUAACAAUUAAUUUGUAUGCGGACAUGCGGUUAUUGGCGAUAGGUUUAGCGGCCCCGCUUUUAAUUGACACUUCGCAGUAGUUUUUACCCAUAGUAUAUUUUUGAUGAGUGUCGUAUUACAGCUAAUCCGCUUCUAUUGGUUGCUUUAAUUUAUUUGAUCUUCGUUAUCGUAUACGAAGAAAUAAAUGCAGUUCAUGCUUUGCUGGGUAGGCUAUACCAUAUUCUAAAGCCAGAUGUUAUGUGCCAGCAAUUUUCAUUACCAUUUGUUUAGGUUUGGGUAUUUUCUAAGUACAGUUUUAUUGUGUUUUCUGUGUUCUGCGCCAUUACUUAACUAAACAUAGCUUGGCGAUGCAGAAGCUUAAACCACUGCUGCGGAUGUUCCGCGUUUAACUGCCAUUCUAGUGAGCUUAUGUUCAAGCACACUAGGAUGAACGUGAUUAGCCACAUACUAAUUGAGUAAAGUUGUGAAUUUUUUAUUCUUACUGUAUUUUCAUUUGUGAUAUUUAAAAACAUAAAAAGAAGGAUUAUUCCUGUAAUAAAACAAAUCACUUUAAAGAAAAUAUACCAAUCGUCGGUGUUUGCAAUUUAUUGAGGCAGAAACUGCAUUAAUGUUUCUUAAAUCACAGUUUUUGUAACACUCUAUAUAAAUUCAUUUUGCAAAUUAAAAAUUGUGUAAUACCUUGUAUACAUAAACGGGAUGUAACAUCCCUGACAGUUCGGUUGUGUACAUUGUUUCUAUGAAAUAAACUCAAUCAACAAC